AUGGCAGCUUGGUGGGCUCAUCUGUUAGCAUAUUUUCUUCUUGGCCUAUUUUCAGCGACAGAGACAAAGAAAAACCACGCGGUUCCCACUUACUUUAAACGCAUAAAUCCGGAUGGCUCACUGGUAGACGCCGGCAAUCUCAAAAUUCGUGUAGAGUUUGCGAAUCCAACUCGGAGAGAUUUUUCCACCGGUGCGAUUCUGGAGGUCAAUCCCUCUUUGGUGGAAAACAGUGCCACUGUGAAUGUUUCUUGGAGUGGAAUACAGAUGCCUAACAGCACGGAUAUUAUCGCGUUUUAUUGCCCUGAAGAGGAUCAUCCUGAUCAUUAUUUGGACUUGUUUUACGUGACAGACUCGCCAAGUUAUGUUUUUGGAUAUGGCUGGAGGCAGGUCACUGUGCACAAUAUGAGAACCAGCUGCGAAUUCCGUUAUUAUCAGGAGAAACAAAUUCAAGUAGCCACCAGUAAUGUGCUCGAAUUUAAGGGAGGAAAAAAUGCUCCUUUGCAAGGUCAUCUGGCCCUUACAGGCGAUCCAACACAGAUGAGAGUUAUGUGGGUUUCGGGAACAGAUGAAACUCCGGUUGUAUACUAUGGAAAAGAUCCCUCUCUGCUGAAGUUCAGGGCCACAGGCACCUCAAAGACAUACCAAAGGAGCGAUAUGUGUGGCCCACCGGCGUCGUUGUGGAUAUGUUUUAGAAAUCCUGGCUACAUUCAUGAUGUUCUCUUGACAGGAUUGACUCCCUCUAUACAGUAUUUCUAUUCGUACGGAUCAUCGGAGAUAAUGAGCCCUGUGCGCCACUUUCGUUCAGCUCCCGUCACAGAUCCAGAUGCGUCCUUUAAAUUUGUAGUUUAUGGAGACAUGGGGAUCACAGCCAUCCCUGGCGCGCACGAUACAGCUAAGUACAUGGUUGAGGAAGCCAAGAACGGAAGCUCACUUGUUUUCCACAUUGGUGACAUUUCAUACGCUGUUGGAAUUGCCUAUAUCUGGGAACUAUGGCACGAUCUCAUCGAGCCUUAUGCUACAUUGAUGCCAUACAUGGUGGGCGUGGGAAAUCACGAACAAGACCAUAUCUUUGGAGGUUCCAAGGACCCUAGUGGUGCCCCGGGUGAUGGCUGGCACCCUUGGUGGGGAAACUAUUUGGAUGACUCAGGGGGAGAGUGUGGAGUGCCUAUGUUCUACAGAUUUCAUAUGCCUGACAAUGGAAAUGGACUUUGGUGGUACAGCUAUGAAUAUGGAAGCGUUCAUUUCAUUAUGAUGAGCACCGAACAUGAUAUCAGACCCGGAUCAAGGCAGUACACUUGGCUGGAAAAUGACUUGAAGAAAGUUGAUCGCAAUAUAACACCUUGGAUUGUGCUGGGAGGACAUCGACCAAUGUAUACAAGUCAGAAAGUGCUGAGGGACUACAUUGUGUCAAGAGGCUUGCAGUAUUAUUUGGAAAACCUCUUCCACGAAUAUCAAGUGGACCUUGCCUUCUGGGGACACUAUCACAGCUACGAAAGAACAUGCGCAGUUUACAAGCAUCAAUGUCAGGAGGAUGGAAUUGGCACAACACACGUGGUGGUUGGGUCUGCUGGGUUUUGGUUGAAUUUACAAGGCUAUUGGGAUGUGAAAUGGUCACGUUUUCAAGAGAAUGACUUCGGAUAUGGAAGAGUCCUUGUGGCUAAUAGGUCAGCAUUGUAUUUUGAAUGGGUCCGAAAUAAAGACAAGGUUGUCCGUGAUAAAGUUUGGUUGAUGAAACCAGAUCGAAAAAGUGGAGAUAAUGAAGUAUUGAGAUAUCGAAAAUUAUAAAACUGUUAAUUGUUGUUGAGGUCAAGCAUA